AUGGAGUCGCACGAUGGGGGCUCGGAUGCCCUCCACGCAACGGUCCAUCCACUCAAGAUAUUCGAUCUUGCAAAAUCCCAAGGACGCUAUCUAUACGCCUGUGCACCUAUGGUGCGGUAUAGCAAGCUUGCCUUUCGCCAAACAGUCCAGCACUAUGGCACCGACUUGUGCUGGUCGCCCAUGAUUCUGGCCAAGGAGUUCAACCGGAACCAAUUUGCACGGGACAGCGACCUGACCGUGUCCACGAGGGGGCCGCAACCACACACAAUUGUGCAGUUCGGAUCCAACUCGCCGCUGGAGCUCUCGCGGGCCGCGAGUCUGGCGGUCCCGUUUGCCGGCGGCGUGGACCUCAACUGCGGAUGCCCGCAGUCGUGGGCGUGCGCCGAGACGCUGGGCGCGGCGCUCAUGGAACGCCGCGAGCUGGUCCGCGACAUGGUGGUCGAGACGCGGGCGCGGCUGCGGCGCGACGGCUGGGCCGUGGACCGCGACGCCUCGGUCGACGACCCGCGGGGCCGCAGCGUCAGCGUCAAGAUUCGUGUGCACAAGGACCUCCGCCGCACCAUGGAUUUCAUCACCACGGUGCUGGGUGACACUAGCAGCGGCGGCGGCAAUAACCGCAAUAUUGACUGGCUGACCAUUCACCCGCGCACGCGGAGCACACCGUCGAGGACACCAAUCAGCGUUGAGGCUCUCGAGAUCUUGACGGAAAAGUAUGGUCGUGAUGUACCCAUUCUGGUCAGCGGCGACGUCUUUACCCUCAGCACCCUUCCCUACACAUCCCAUCUCGUCGAUCCGGCCCCGACUUUUACCUCGACGGCGCACGUCUCCGAGGCUGGCGAGAUGCACAAACAAGACCAACAGCAGACGAGAACAAAGCCAAACUUGCCCAACUUACGCGGCCUCAUGUCGGCGCGCGCCUUGCUGGCGAACCCGGCCCUUUUCGCAGGAUAUGAGACGUGCCCCUGGGAGGCCGUCGAUGUGUUUCUGGAAAAGGUGGCCAAGGCACCACUGCCGCUCAAGCUGGCUGUCCACCACCUAGGCGAAAUGACAGGGCCCGGAUAUGGACCCGAUAAAAAGGCACUGCUAGGCAAGAAGGAAAGAAUAAAGCUGGUGGAAUGCUCCAACUGGAUCGAUGUUUUAGAUACACUCGAGGAGUUGCGACGGAGCAAAGGAUGA